CAAAGGAAGUAGACGCUUAUAAUCAAUAAUGUUUUUUUAUUUGUUAUUGGCGGUUUUAUUCAUUUCGUGGUGGAAGUUAAACGCGGCAAAAAGAAGUCAUAACCUGCCGGGACCGAGCCCCCUACCGCUUUUAGGGGACACCCUCUACUUUUGCGUCACAAGAUCAAAAUUUCUCCCUCUGCUACGCUAUUUCAAAGACACGUAUGGUGAUACCUGCUUGAUACAUCUGUUCCAUCAGCCUUACGCGCUAAUAUACCAUCCGAAAUAUGCUGAGGAACUGUUAUCUAGUGUAGAAUACAUUAAUAAGGGGAGAUCCUACCAACACUUACACCCUUGGCUGGGCGACGGUCUCUUGACAUCAACUGGUCUAAGAUGGAAGCUGCACAGAAAAUUUUUGACGCCAGCUUUCCAUUUUAACAUCCUACAGAAUUUUCUUCAAGUGUUUUUGAAAAACGAAAAGAUUCUAGUGAAAAAGUUGAGCGAGCUUGCGAACGGGGAACCGGUCAAUCUAUUCCCGAUCAUUGCUUUGACGGCACUUGAUAAUGUCACUGAGUCAAUAAUGGGGGUACCAGCAAACGCUCAACUCCAUUCUGAUUCUGAAUAUGUGAAAUCAAUUGAAACAAUUUCCCAAAUAAUAGCGAUGAAAAUGAGAAAUCCUAUAAUCGCAUCGAAACUAAUUUUUAAUUUAUCGCCGUACAAAAAAAUGCAAGAUGAUGCAUUGAGGAUUCUCCAUGAGCAGAGUAUGAGUGUGAUAGAGAAUAGGAGCAAUGAAUUGAAGAACAAAAACUUAAAAAUGGCUGAUCGUAAUGAUAUUGGUUUAAAAAAUAAGCACGCGUUCUUAGAUUUAUUACUUUUAUCGGAGGUAGAAGGGGAGAAAAUGAAUAUUGAGCACGUGCGAGAGGAGGUUGACACCUUCAUGUUUGAGGGUCACGACACAACUACAUCAGGAAUAGCAUUCACGUUAUACUGUAUUUCAAAGAGCGAAGAGAUACAACAGAAAAUAUUAGAUGAACAGAGAAGUAUACUUGGAGAUGAUUUAGGCAGAGAUCCUACAUACACCGAGAUACAACAGAUGAAAUAUUUGGAUACGGUUAUCAGAGAAGGCCUUAGAUUGUAUCCAUCAGUUCCUCUCAUAGAACGGAUGAUAACCAAAGAUUCUGAAAUAUCAGGACUCACAAUCAAAAAGGGCUCGUCGGUGUUAGUCAAUAUUUUGGAAAUACAAAGACAUCCUGAUCUCUACGACAAUCCCCUGGAAUUCCGACCUGAGAGAUUCGAAGCGGGCAGCUCAGGGAAUAACGCUUUCAACUGGCUGGCUUUCAGUGCUGGUCCCAGAAAUUGUAUAGGUCAAAAAUUCGCCCUGAUAGAGAUGAAGGUGACAAUAUCAGCGGUGGUGAAGAGUUUCAAGUUGUUCCCCGCGAGCGAGCAGCCGGUCUUGUGCGCCGACCUCAUACUCAGAUCCGAAAACGGCAUCAAAGUCGCAUUCACCAAAAGAUAUUAAACGC